AUGAAGACGCACAUUCUGGCUCGAUCUGUCAGGCCCACCCUUCUUCAUCUGAAGCAGAGCACCAAAAGCGUUGCUCUACUGCAUUUCUCUACUCGCUCCCCAGCCACCACCACCAGCAUUACUCCACGAUAUUCAAGCACCAUCCCGAACGCUCACCAGCAGACCAGAACCAUGUCCUCCACCUCCUCUGCCCCCGCCAAAGGAGGCAUCACGAGCUGGGUCAAGCCCGGCGACACCUCGGGUGAGUUCAAGCGCCAGGUCUCGUCCUUCCGCUCCUGGAUCUCCCGCGACGCCGGCGCCGAGUUCCCUCCCGAAAAGGGCCGCUACCACAUCUACGCCUCGUACGCCUGCCCCUGGGCCCACCGCACCCUCAUCACGCGCCGCCUCAAGGGUCUCGACGACGUGAUCAGCUUCAGCGUUGUGCACUGGCACCUCGGCGAAAAGGGCUGGCGCUUUGUCGAAAAGGGCGAGGACGUCCCCGGCGACAAUGUCGUACCCGACCCCGUCGACGGCCACGGCGCCUUCACCCACCUCCGGGACCUGUACUUUGAGAGCGAGAAGGACUACCAGGGCCGCUUCACCGUGCCUGUGCUGUACGACAAGAAGACCAAGCGCAUCGUGAGCAAAGAGAGCAGUGAGAUAUCCUGCAUACUCUCCACGGAGGGGAGACCCUUUCACAGUCUCCCCGAGCCUGGCGUGUUACAUAGGAGAAAAAAGCGCGAAAAAGUCGGUGCACAACCCACUUUUUCACGCUCAUCGAGGAGAAAUGUAGCACCUUUUCACCCUCUCCAGAGCACCUCCCCACGGAGAUCGACGAGACCGACGAAGGACCUACGACAAAAUCAACAAUUCGUCCUACAUCCUCUUCGCCACGACGCAGGAUGCCUACGAGCGCAAUGUCGUUCCCUCUUUGAGGCCCUCGAUCGCGCCGAAGCUCACCUCGCUGCCAAGAAGGAGGGGGAUGGCCCCUACUGGUUAGGCAACGAGUUGACUGAAGUCGACAUUCGUCUCUUCGUGACCCUUAUCCGCUUCGACCCUGUCUACGUCCAGCACUUCAAGUGCAACAUUCGCGACAUCCGCUCCGGCUACCCCCGGCUCCACGCCUGGAUGCGCAACCUCUACUGGAAUGAGCCUGCCUUCAAGGACACGACCCAGUUCGAGCACAUCAAGUGGCACUACACCAAAAGCCACACCCAGAUCAACCCCUACUCCAUCACGCCUGUCGGUCCCCUGCCGGAUGUGCUGCCGCUGGAUGAUGAGGUACCCGCUGCGAAGAAGCAGUAG